GAGUGAUUUACCGUUAACUUUUAAACACGUUGGGAGCUCAAGUCAUGCCUGUCUGAACCCUGUUAAACACCACAGAAGCCUUGUCGCCGCCCGUCUCCCUGCAGCCUGUCCAGAGCUGUUAGACAUCUGUGAAGCAUUUGUUCUCUGAGAUAAGAUUUCCUCAUUUAGCUGCCGUGCCUCUCACUCCGACUCUGUAAAACACAACAGUCUGGGAAGGACUCCGAGCUGCAAGAGCUGCUGCACGGAAAACAGUCUCUCCGCCGUGGACUCGUAGGACUUGACUUUAAUGAAUAUAAUGGAGGUCAGAGGCAUGUGGAUGGCGCUCUGCUUUCUCCUGCUGACACACUGCUCGCUGCAGCAGACCCCCAAGAAGAGGAAUGGCAAGAAAGAUUCCACCACCAAUGCUGCUAUCGAGGAACUGAAGAAACAGGUUCAAGACAUUUUUCAAGAGUUGAAUUUAUUGAAAGAGCAGCAAGCUUUGCAGACAGUUUGCCUGAGAGGCACAAAGGUCCUCGGGAAGUGUUUCCUUGCAGACCCGGUGAAGAAGAGCUUCCAUGCGGCCAGCGACGACUGCAUCGCCAAGGGGGGCACGCUCGGCGCCCCGGUCACCGGGGACGAGAACGACCAGCUCUACAGCUACGUGCGGCAGAGCAUCGGCCCCGAGGAGCACAUCUGGCUGGGCAUCAACGACAUGGUGACCGAGGGCCAGUGGGUGGACCAGUCGGGCGCCGGCGUGCGCUUCAAGAACUGGGAGACGGAGAUCACCCUGCAGCCCGACGGCGGCCGCGCCCAGAACUGCGCCAUCCUCUCCACCACGGCCAACGGCAAGUGGUUCGACGAGAGCUGCAGGGCCGAGAAGGCCUCGGUGUGCGAGUUCAACAUCAUCUGAGAGACUGAUGGUCCCCUGAUAGACACCUGCUGCUUGCUCAAAGGAACGUUCACAGCUUUUUUUUUUACAGCUAUUAGUCAUGCAAUGCAUUGGAAACCUAUAAUGUGCUGCAUCUUUUAAAGCUUUCCAGAUGUUGGUCCAGAGCAGGGAGACCGCUGUGAUACAGUAUGUUGAGAAGCUAUUCAGUCCUACAUUACAGCAAUUUAGAUUCAUCACAGUAAACACUGGACAGCUUAACUUUUUCACUUCUGUCUUAUCCGCUCAUCAGGACAAUAAAAGGUUUUCAUGUUGAGGAACAAUCCUCCUGGGUUUUGUUUGGCAACCUUUUAUUUUCAGACCUAAAUGUAAAGUUAUGCUGCUUAAAACCUCAUUUUAUUAUUAUUAUAUAAUGUGAAUAAACAUGUAUGUCAUCA